AUGGGAGCAACCACAGUAUGGGAGCGAUGGGAUAGUCUCCGGCCGGAUGGCUCUGUCAAUCCGGGAGAAAUGACUAGUUUCAAUCACUACGCUCUUGGCUCUGUCAUUAAUUGGUUGCACGCCGUGGUUUCUGGAAUAAGCCCGAUGGACUGUGGUUGGCGAAAGAUCAAGGUACAGCCCAUUCCUGGGGGCAAUAUCACUGCAGCACACGGCACGUACGAAACAGUGUACGGAAAGUUGGAUUGCAAAUGGAUGAUUCAAAACUGUGACAAGUUUUGUCUUGAUUUGACUGUUCCGCCCAAUUCAAAGGCGUUGGUGGUGCUUCCUGGCGAGAGCAAUGAAGGCAGCUGGGUCGGAUCCGGGACAUACACGUUCUCAAGGCCGUAUACAGCUCCUCCGUGGCCCCCAACGGCAAUUCAUAACAUCAUGGGUGCCCCUGUUGAGGAUGAUAUGGCAUAG